UCUGUUUUUAUAACAGUUUCAACUUCUAACUCAGUAAUUUCAGGUUUCUCUCUGUCCUGAUCUAUUUCAGUUAUCUCUGGUGUUUCUUUUUCUGAGAUAACUUCAGAAACUUCUGUUGUCUCAGCCUCUAAGAUGACUUCUGUCUCCUCAGGUUUUUCAAUCCUAGUUUCAAUAGUAAAUUCUGAAACGUUUGGUUUCUCUUUUUCUAUAGUGAUCGUGGUUAUGUCUGGUUUUUCUUCAGUUACAAUUUCAGUAACUACAGUUUCUUCUGAUUUGAAAGUAACUUCAGCUUCCUCAGGUUUUUCUACCUCAGUUUCAAUGGUGAUUUCUGAAGCUCCUGGUUUCUCCUUUUCGACAGUGAUCUCAGUGAUUUCUGGUUUUUCUUCAGUCACAAUUUCAGUAACUACAGUUUCUUCUGACUCAACAGUAACUUCAUCUUCCUCAGGUUUUUCUACCUCAGUUUCAAUGGUGAUUUCUGAAGCUCCUGGUUUAUCCUUUUCUACUAAGAUCUUGGAGAUUUCUGGUUUUUCUUCAGUCACAAUUUCAGUAACUACAGUUUCUUCUGACUUGAAAGUAACUUCAUCUUCCUCAGGUUUUUCUACCUUAGUUUCAAUAGUGAUUUCUGAAAGUCCUGGUUUAUCCUUUUCUACUACGAUCUUAGAGAUUUCUGGUUUUUCUUCAGUCACAAUUUCUGUUACUUCAGUUUCUUCUGACUCAACAGUAACUUCAUCUUCCUCAGGUUUUUCUACCUUAGUUUCAAUAGUAAUUUCUGAAAGUCCUGAUUUAUCCUUUUCUACUAAGAUCUUGGAGAUUUCUGGUUUUUCUUCAGUCACAAUUUCAGUAACUACAGUUUCUUCUGACUUGAAAGUAACUUCAUCUUCCUCAGGUUUUUCUACCUUAGUUUCAAUAGUGAUUUCUGAAAGUCCUGGUUUAUCCUUUUUUACUAGGAUCUUGGAGAUUUCUGGUUUUUCUUCAGUCACAAUUUCUGUUACUUCAGUUUCUUCUGACUCAACAGUAACUUCAUCUUCCUCAGGUUUUUCUACCUUAGUUUCAAUGGUUAUUUCUGAAACUCCUGGUUUCUCCUUUUCUACAGAGAUCUCAGUGAUUUCUGGUUUUUCUUCAGUCACAAUUUCUGUUACUUCAGUUUCUUCUGACUUGAAAAUAACUUCAUCUUCCUCAGGUUUUUCUACCUUAGUUUCAAUGAUGAUUUCUGAAACUCCUGGUUUCUCCUUUUCUACAGUGAUCUUAGAGAUUUCUGGUUUUUCUUCAGUCACAAUUUCUGUUACUUCAGUUUCUUCUGACUGAACAGUAACUUCAUCUUCCUCAGGUUUUUCUACCUUUGUUUCAAUAGUAAUUUCUGAAACUCCUGGUUUCU